GCUGCUACUAAGCCACGUACGCCAAUCACUCCUUCACGUUUUCUCUGCCCCCGUCUUCUGUCUUCGCUAUCUGACUCUCUCUCUUGCUCGCGCAAACUACGCUCAACUGAAGAUAGAUUUACACUGAAAUCCCGAAAGCAGAUCGUCGUCUCCCUCAGAUCUUGUUUUGAGAUCGAUUCCGUGACCGAUUCGCGCCGUUCGAUAUCAGAAAGAUGCCGGCUGUGUACGGAGGUCCGGUGACAACCUUCGAGGAUGCGGAGAAGGAGAGCGAGUUCGGUUACGUUCGGAAGGUUUCUGGACCUGUGGUUGUUGCAGAUGGAAUGGCUGGAGCUGCUAUGUAUGAACUAGUUCGAGUUGGACAUGACAACCUUAUUGGAGAAAUUAUUCGGUUGGAAGGAGAUUCUGCCACCAUUCAAGUCUAUGAGGAGACGGCAGGGCUGAUGGUCAAUGAUCCUGUUCUUCGAACACACAAGCCUUUAUCAGUGGAACUUGGACCUGGGAUUUUGGGGAAUAUCUUUGAUGGCAUACAGAGGCCUUUAAAAACCAUUGCAAUAAAAUCUGGCGAUGUCUAUAUUCCUCGGGGUGUAUCUGUUCCGGCGCUUGACAAAGAUAUCCUCUGGGAAUUUCAGCCUAAAAAAAUAGGAGAGGGAGAUCUUGUGACAGGUGGUGACCUAUAUGCGACUGUAUUUGAGAACAGUUUGAUGCAACAUCAUGUUGCACUUCCUCCUGAUGCAAUGGGCAAGAUUACCUAUAUUGCUCCACCCGGCCAAUACUCAUUGAAGGAUACUGUUCUUGAGCUUGAAUUUCAAGGGGUCAAGAAACAAUUUACCAUGUUACAGACUUGGCCUGUACGUUCUCCUAGGCCAGUAGCUUCAAAGCUUGCUGCUGAUACUCCUCUGCUCACUGGACAGCGUGUUCUUGAUGCUCUAUUCCCCUCUGUGCUUGGUGGUACUUGUGCCAUUCCUGGUGCAUUCGGUUGUGGGAAGACUGUCAUUAGUCAGGCCCUUUCCAAGUACUCCAACUCCGACACUGUUGUUUAUGUUGGUUGUGGAGAAAGAGGAAAUGAAAUGGCUGAGGUGCUCAUGGAUUUUCCUCAAUUGACAAUGACCCUGCCUGAUGGUCGGGAGGAAUCUGUCAUGAAGCGUACUACACUGGUGGCUAACACCUCUAAUAUGCCUGUGGCUGCUCGUGAAGCUUCUAUUUACACUGGAAUCACCAUAGCUGAAUACUUUAGAGACAUGGGCUACAAUGUCAGUAUGAUGGCAGACUCUACAUCCAGAUGGGCAGAGGCUUUGCGUGAAAUUUCCGGACGUCUGGCUGAGAUGCCUGCAGACAGUGGAUAUCCUGCUUAUUUGGCGGCACGUUUGGCAUCCUUUUAUGAACGUGCUGGAAAAGUUAAAUGUCUUGGUGGACCUGAAAGAACUGGAAGUGUCACAAUUGUCGGUGCUGUUUCUCCUCCUGGAGGAGACUUCUCCGAUCCUGUUACAUCUGCAACACUCAGUAUUGUUCAGGUCUUCUGGGGUCUAGACAAAAAAUUGGCACAGAGGAAGCACUUCCCUUCUGUAAACUGGCUCAUUUCUUAUUCCAAAUAUUCAGGGGCGUUGGAAUCCUUUUAUGAGAAGUUUGAUCCAGACUUUAUCGACAUCAGGACAAAAGCUCGUGAGGUUCUGCAGAGAGAGGACGAUUUGAAUGAAAUUGUCCAGCUUGUCGGAAAAGAUGCAUUAGCAGAAACAGAUAAAAUCACCCUGGAAACAGCAAAGCUCUUGAGGGAAGACUAUCUCGCCCAGAAUGCAUUCACUCCAUAUGACAAGUUUUGCCCGUUCUACAAAUCCGUCUGGAUGAUGCGCAACAUCAUUCAUUUCUACAUUCUGGCUAAUCAGGCAGUUGAACGAGGAGCUGGUAUGGACGGUCAGAAGAUAACUUACACCCUCAUCAAACAUCGCCUGGGAGAUCUAUUUUACCGCUUAGUUUCUCAGAAAUUCGAGGACCCAGCAGAGGGCGAGGAUGUCUUGGUCGCCAAAUUCAAGAAACUUCACGAGGAUCUAACCGCUGGUUUCCGCCAGCUCGAAGACGAAAAUCGCUAAAAGGGAUUGUGGUAUAUUUUUUUUUCUUCCUUAAUAAUAAUAAUUAUUAUUAUUUUUCCAUAAAACUAAACUGCUGUGAGUUGAGCUCUUCCUCUUGAAUUGGUUUUGUUGUAUUGAGUAUAAUUUGUGUAGCUGUGUGUGUUUAUUUUGGCAGUGGUGGCCCCAUACUUCUUUAUUUAUUGUUGGUUGGUGAAAUAAGAGGGCUUCUGUGAGGCAUUUGAUAUUUUGAGGAUUCUUCUCUACAUUAGCAUGUAUUCAUUUAUCUCUCUCUUGCUUUAUUCGGAUUAUAUUUCCUUCAUCUCA